UAAUAAAAUAUCAAGAUUUUAGCUCAGAAUUUUUGUUCAAAAAAUUGAUGUUCCAACAGAUAAAGUGGACUUGGUUGCAAAAAUCUGAUUCAUGUUCAUUUGGGAUUAUAAUAAUAGACAUUUAUUAAUUAUUGCUAUUGUUUGUUUGGUUUCUAAGCGAUACUAGACUGUAAAUCAGAUUUUUUACUUAAGCUUUUCACUUCUAUUCUCAAACAUCUGAAUCUUUGCUGAGCUGGUUUUAAAAACCUCUACAAUUAACACCAUGAAUUAGAUGUUAUUUUUUUUUCUUUGUAUGCUUAUUUAAAUUAUCGCUGCCUGAUUUUUUGACUCGUUGUUUAAUGACCUCUAUUUGUAAAACUUCACCGUGUUGAAGAAGUUAUUCCAUUUUUUUUUGUUCAAAGACCAAUAUUUUUUGCUGCCUCUUCAAUCAAAUAUGGGGGGCCUUAUUAGCUAUUUCAAAUCUCUCAUUGGUUCCCGUGAGAUGAGGAUUUUGAUUCUUGGUUUAGAUGGUGCCGGUAAAACAACCAUACUUUACAGGUUACAAGUUGGUGAAGUUGUAACAACAAUUCCAACAAUUGGUUUUAACGUGGAACAGGUUACUUACAAAAACCUUAAAUUUCAAGUGUGGGAUCUCGGAGGACAAACUAGCAUAAGGCCAUAUUGGCGAUGUUAUUAUUCAAAUACUGAUGCAAUCAUUUAUGUGGUUGACAGUUGUGAUAGAGAUCGUUUGGGUAUAUCAAAGCAAGAAUUAGUUUCCAUGUUAGAGGAAGAAGAAUUAAAAAAAGCCGUUCUAAUGGUUUUGGCAAAUAAACAGGAUCUCCCUCAAGCAAUGAGUGUAGCUGAGAUUCACCAGGCCCUUGGCUUGGAUGCCUUAAAGAAUAGAACUUUCCAAAUUUUCAAGACAUCGGCCUUGAAAGGCGAAGGACUCGAUGAAGCUAUGGAAUGGUUAUCCAACGCUUUAAGUAUGAAUAAAUAGAUUUCGCAUACUUUUGUCAUCAAAUCCAUAAAAUUAUUGAAAUUAAUAAAAUCCUCUUUAAGCCAUUUUCUUUUCGCGAGAAGAAAAAUUAUCUGAUUUUCAA